GCCCAUUACUCGCAGCACAGCUUGACUCCGCUUGACUGGAAAUGCUGCAGUACGCAAUCCACAUCACGUCUCGUGUCGUGGUAGUAUUCACAUGUGAGCAUGACGCCGCAGAUCCGCUGAUGGCAAAACGAUUGCCACAAACAAUGCUCGCUGAACGUAUCGAGGCAUUGCGGAGCUGACUCCUAGGAAUAUCUCCCCUGGUCCUUGAAGCUGCCACAGAAACAUCCAUCGAAGGUCGGAUCUCGUUCAACGGGUUUCCAGCACCGCGGCAAUAGCCACCAGUUCAUCGCAACGGCUGCAAUCACUCCUACUGUGCACGGCUCGAGGAAGCAUUAUUCAACCCAAUGCGGGCCAUGAGACUUACCUAUAAGACUGCACCGGCAGGAUCAAUUGUGAUUCGCCUGACUUCUGCAUCCGACUGCACUGGCGGCGUGCUUCAACCCAGCGAACCUAAAAACUGUACUUGAGAGACACCGCGCAUGACACAUGAGACUGAACAGGCACAUAAACACAUUAUGGUUUAUUGAAAACGCAAGAACUUACAUGGCACCUAAGGGGCACUUCUUGUCGCACUCAUCCUCCAAGCUGUUGCAUCUCGCACAAAGUGGUUCGAUUCUUGGGAGUCUUGGUCAAGUACAAUCCGCACAUCCGCACUGCUGCACUGCGAGUCGACGAUGGGCGUGAUAUUUCGAUCAGUGCGGCGAGAAGCCGACAGCGAUGGCAAUCCAGGGCAUGGCGGUCUUGACACCCAUGGCGAAAUCGCAAUUGGCGUAAUUGUGCCUGUGGUCUUUCUUCUUGGCGGCCUCAUCUACUUCAUCUGGACGACUGAGCGACGAAGGCGAAAUAGAAACGGCCAAGAGCCAGACAAAACUCAUCCCUCCAUGUUGCAGGACUUUCUGCGUCGCAAGAAUGCUUUCCGAGGAUCACGCUUGUUUGGCGAAGCAGAGACGAGUCAGAAGGAACACGCUUCAUCAGAGAAAGAUCACAAAGAUAGGCACGAAUUGGGGGAUACGAGCUUCCACCACGAGCUCGAAGAUGCAACAAGCCCAAUCUACGAGGUCGAGAAGCCAGCAGCUAUACAUCCAGCCCGAAGGGAUAGCGCCAUGAACAGCCCAGUCGAGCUCGACUCUCCCAGCCCAUUACCUUUGACCCAAGCCACCCUGGAACAAGCGUCAAAACAGCCAACCCACACCUCAACAACUGAGCUCUCACCACGCGAAACAAACGAAGUCCGACAAUCCACAAUCUCCAGCACCUUCCGCCACUCAUUAGGCGGCACCGGCAAUACAACCCGCUACUCCGCCGUCUCCCCACCCUCAAGCUGGCGAGCCUCCCUCCAACCCACAUCCUUCCUCGGAAACUUCAGCAACAAACGCGACCGCCGCGUCAGCAAAGCCGCCUCAUCACGCUACUCACAACAAGAAGAAGGCUUCACCAUGAUGGAACCACAUUCCAGACGACAAUCUGCCAUCAAUGAGACCGAGAGCCCCGCAAGCACCAUCAAUAGUGCAAGAUUCAGCGCCGUGGAUCCGCAAGGACACAAGAAACGUGUGAGCGAUGAUUCGGAUACUAUUAGUCCUCCUGCUUCGAAUCAAUUGUCUAGGACUCCGAGCGCGCAAAGAGCUUCGGUUGCUUUGUCGCCCAUCUCGUCUAAUGAUGAUGCGCAUCAGUUGUCUUGAGUGACGAAGAACUUUUCCUUUUCUUCUAGCUGGCACCACGAGGACGAAGUGUAAGAAUAUAAGACGGCACAGUGGAAUAGGAUGAGGAGGAAGGCAAUGGACGAAGGGGGUUCCGCGUUUUGCGAGUGCAAAAGUGCCAGUGGCGUUUGAGCUUCUUACGAAAGGAUGCUGCAAAUGUACAAAAAGCAGGAAUAAUUCCAAUGAUC